GUCACGCGGAUACAUCCCAGAGUAGCAUUUCGUUGCUGGUGGCUAACCCCGGUCACCCGCGGGACGCACGUUGGGAGAUUUGCUAUUUUGGUGGUUUAAUGUUGGUUAAUUUGCUAAAAGACGUUGUUAAAGGUUAGUUAAAACCCCGGGUUUCUGUUUGAGGGGACCAGAGCUUCACUAGCGCUUGGAGCGGCGUCACAAAUCAACAGAACAGCGGAAGAAAGGUACGGAGAUAUGUCCUCCUCCCACUACUCCUCUUCACGUAGCUCAUCUCGAGCCACUGACUGUAAAGUCUAUGUGGGGGACCUGGGCAAUGGUGCUGCCAAGGGAGAGCUGGAGCGAGCAUUCAGCUAUUAUGGUCCACUGAGAAGUGUCUGGGUGGCGAGGAACCCACCUGGCUUUGCUUUUGUGGAGUUUGAGGACCCCAGAGAUGCAGAAGAUGCCGUGAAAGGCAUGGAUGGAAAGGUCCUUUGUGGCUCCCGUGUUCGUGUGGAGUUGUCAACGGGCCUCUCCAGGAAAGGCCGUGGGCGCCCCAGCCGACGCCAGUUUGACCCCAAUGAUCGUUGUUAUCAGUGUGGAGAUCGAGGCCAUUACGCAUACGACUGCUACCGCUUCAGCAAGAGAGGACGUCGCAGCAGGUCCCGCUCUCGUUCACGCUCUCGCUCCAGAUCUAGGUCCCGUGGGCGUCGUUAUCACUCUCACUCCCGCAGCCGUAGCCACAGCAGGAGCCGUCGCAGAUCUCCAUCUUACUCCCGACGCAGGAGCAGGUCUGGCUCUCCAGCCCGUUCCAAGUCCAGGACUCCUGUGAGAAGCCGCUCCAGGUCUCGCUCUCGUUCUGGCUCUGCUCCCAGGAGACGCUCUUUCUCUCGAUCCCGCUCACGAACUCCGCCAGCCAACCACAAGAGGAGCAGCGUGUGGUGGGAGCUGAGCACUACACUGACACUGCAGCUGAUCCCAGGCCCAGGGUCUGCUAGCUGGCGGUGUGUACGUCCUGCAGGAGGGUGACUAAGCGCUGAGCUGAGAUCAGCCUUCGCCUGCAUCUGGUGUUAGACAGCGAGACAGAGGUCAACCUACCGACCGAACCCUCCCUGCAGUGAAUGGGUGAUCGCCUGUUCAACCGACGCACACGCUCAGACGAGAUCAGACCGCGCACACAUACAGUUGUUCUACUAGAGCCAGCCAGCCAGCCUUCAGAUCUACCAGAGGGCUGACCCACACAGAUCAGAGUUCGACCUCUACCUUUUUAAUGCAUUACCUAUCUACCAGACCCCCUACCUACCUACCAGAGUUCUUCAGCCUCUGACUUAGCUUCUGAAAGAGAAAUGAGCUGACGAGAGAUCAGUCUUCAAGAGCCUCCCAGCGCAGUGUCUCUCCAAGUUGUAGUCAUCCGUCCUUUCAUCCUUCGCUUCUCUGUACUUGUUGUUUCUGCCACUGUCUCCAAAGGUAACCAAAAAUCCAAAAACCCUGACAAGCUCAUGUUGAUGAAAGAAAAUGCACAGACAUGUAUUCUGGGAAAAGUGGUGAUAAUUGAGCUAAAGUUAAUCAAAAAGUUGAGCCUUUAAAUCUGCUCUUUUCUAAUGCUAAAUGACAAAUAUUAGGAUUUACAGCUGUUUACCAACUAAUCUAGUAUGAAACUUCAUUCCUUUACUCACCAUGAUAUGUCUCUAGCAGGAGAAAGCCACACCAAUAUUCAUGCUUUUAUUCACAUUUUAAACAAAUUUGUUUCUUGUUGGGACUGAGGAGCUGACGAUUGUCAUCUGCCAACAGCUUCAGCCAUCUUUGUGUAUGGAAGAGUUUAGAAAAUGUUCUCUUUGCAGCAUUAUGUUGUACUGAGGCCACACAAUACUACAGUUAUGAUUGCCAACUAAAGCCCCCUUUCCACCUAUGGUCACACCUCACCUCGGCACAGUUUAUGUUGGUUUUCCACUACAAAGUAGUACCUACUCAAUGUUGGCGGAGUCAUCACUACACAGCUGCUUGAAACUGCUGUGACUUCGUUUUACACACGAUACACAAACUAGUGACCUGUAAAGCACUUGUUUUCAGUGUAACUGAAUUAUUAUAUAAUAUUUAGUACUUCCUCCAUGACUGGAGUACAGACGCCAUCUGACACAGGCACUGGACUGAAAUGCAUGGGCAGGGCGCCGGUCGUGGUCGCGAUCAGCAAUGCUGUCGCUAAAUACACCAGACUCCUGUUGAGAUUUUAGACGUUUCUUGUAAUUGUUGGAGAUUAACCCACGUUUUUAGGAUUACGUCUUUUUAACUGAUCUAUAGUUCGGCAUUGUUUGGGGUGAUUCUUGUGUCGGACAUUUGCUGUGACCAAUCAGUGGCCGACUGAUGCAGAUGUCACGCAUAGUAUCGCCUCAGCUUGCUUGGAACCUCGCCAGAGCAGGUACUAAAAUAAGCACCAGUUACUAGUCGCUAGUGGUAGCGCAAAAUAACCAAGUCGAGCCAGUGGAAACGCGCCAAAGGGGGUCCAGGGCUAGCUGUUGGUUAAAUUCCUUGCAAUUAUGAAAAUAUAAAAAUAUAUAAAACAAUUCUGUGUGCAAGACAGUCAUGUAACAAAUGCAUCAUGACGUGUCUAGCUAAAAAAAAAAGGUCAGUAAAGGAAUGAAGUUUGAUGCUGGGCAAAGCACUGUUACGUGAGCAGCUGUUGAUGCUUAUGUUAGCCAUGUAGUACGUUUAAUGUGCAUGCAGGGUGGCUGCGCGCGCGCGCGCUUUGUCAGACAUGUUGUAGCAUCCCUACUGUUUUUCCAAUACAGUAUUUAUCUUCCCCAUCUAGUGUUUUCUCUGCUUAGGGCAGAGUGGUGUAUUUGAAACGAUCAAUGGUCUUAAUGUUAGAUCUCUCUUUAGAGCAGUAUUGUUUGCCACACACCUGUAGAAGUUAAUUUGUGUUACAUUAGAUGAAUUAUGUACUGAGCUUGUAUAUUAUAAUUUUUUUUUUUUCCCCUCCUGAUCAUUCUUCCAGCCUCCCCUGUGGCGAGCUAACACUUGUCUGUUUCUGUUUCAGUCGUUCCCGUUCAGCAACUCCAAACCGAAGCGCUACGCCAGCAGAAGACUGAGUGAUGAAGCCCAUUACAUGCACACAAACUGCAAACUCUCUCCCUUACAGACAGACCCUUGUUCCCCGCAUAAUGUCUGCUUUCACGGUCCCACCUACAACUGAUUUUGUUUUUUUGUACUUGUCUGUCAGUGAAGUUUAAUUUUCUCUGCACUGCACGUUCCUGCAGCCUCAGAUUGUUAAAACUUUAGUCAGUUCAGCAGACAGAAAUCAGCUUCUGUUGAACACGGAUUGUUUUAAAUGUUGUCUUGCUGCUUACACAAGUCAUCCUUCUCAUAAGUGUAAAACACAGAAACUGUGUGGAGGUAAUACUGAAUGUUGCAGUUGACUUUUAGCAGUGGUUUUGACCUGCUGUCUAGUAAUAUGCAGGUGAAAAUUAUCCUGUUGUUGCAGGUGAGAACAUUGUAUUGAUAAACUGCUUUUAUCACUGAUGCUUAAAUGUGUGAUCCUUGAAAUUUUUUUCCCUUGAAAGAGUAGGAUUUUUUUUUUCACUCAAUAUUAUGAUUCGUGAGUUACAAUACUGUUUUUCCACUCAGUGACAUAAAUUGACACUUACUGGCCUGCAUGCCUUUGAAUAUUACGUCACAUUCCUACUGUUUGUUUUUGUGUUGCACUGUCCUUUUUACAAACCCUUAUCAGCUUCCCUGCUGAAAUAUAUAUGAUUUUUUUUUCAUGUGUAGAGAUUUCAUUUCUUCCUGUGACUUUGAUUUUAAAAUAAAACAGUGCUGAAGUUUGA